UUGUGGCAGAGCAAGUUCUGGGCAAGUCUUAUCUCUUCAGCAGCUUACGUGCGAGGACUAGGUGAGCACCUGCCACUGCUCUCUUGUCUUUCUGGAUAUUGCUGAACAGUGCAGCGUUACUGACUGAGCGCAGAAUACAAACAAUUCAGGAUUUCAGGUGGUGCAAUUUUAAGGUUCUGCCAUGAAGAAAGCUUUCAGUUCAUCCAUGGAAGGAGACAGAGGGAAUGUGCUGCACCAGAUGAAAGUCCGGACUUCACUGAAGAAUGAUUUAAGCUGGAUUAACCAAAAUAACGUGGAAGACGAAGAAAAUGGAGAACUACAGCAAGACCUGUCUAGGUUUGAGGCAGAUACCACAGAGCGAUCAAACAGACCACCAACAGAGCCCAGCUUCUUAAAUCCCAGCACUGACAGCUCCAGCCAGAGGCCUUCUUCCUCUUCUGGAUACAUUAUAAGGGGUGUGUUCACUAAAACAAGCAAUAACCCACCUUCAUCAGCUUCCUCUGCACAGAAUGGAUACAACAGUUCAAAAGGCUCCAGUGAUGCCUCCCAAUCGUCAAUGAUCAGAAAACCUUCCAGCGAUUACAAGAAAUUAGCACCGUAUAACAUCCGUUUUAGAUCCGACAGCCCUACAUCUGAAGAAUUUCAGUAUACAGAAGAGCACAACUUAAGGUCAGAAGCUGCCAACAGUGUUUUGAAAAAUACUGCUCCAACCCAACGAUCUUACGUAAUGUCUGCAGCUAAAAAAUACAGCACUGAAAAUACAGAGCUGCCAACUCAGAAAUCUCCAGUUUCCUUUGUGGCUAAAAGGGUGGAGAUUAAUGAUGAUGAUCCAAAUUACACCAACCAGUUGUCGCCAAGAUUGCAUGGAGAGACAAAAUCCAGCCUUGAUAAUUCAGACAACAAAGGCACAGUCUUUAAUGAAAAUCUGGAGUCUCCUGCUCACCGUUUCAGAAGCAAUGAAGGAAACACAAAGUACUCAACUGAUGUAAAGACAACAGAAUAUGUGAAUGAAGAUCCCAGCCGUAAAACACAAACAAAAGUUCAAACUACCAUUACAACAACUGAGACUUUGAUUGAUGUUGACAAAAUCCCAAAAGAGUGGGAGAUCCAAAGCUCCCAUACAGAAAAGGAGAAUAAGACAAGAAAGAAAGCUCUUGAAUCAGCACUCGACGCUCCUUCAAAUCUUAUUUACUUUGAUUCAGGCACAGAAAGUCCUGCCACAGAACGUAAAACAAAGGUUUCUCAAAUCACACGAAAGGAGACCGAGUCAGACCCUUCGAAAGAUCUUCUUUUGGAUUCUGAUCUACUGAGUGGAAAAUCUAAUAAAGACUCCACAGUGAAGAACACUAAAGAUAAUGUCAAGAAACUUGACAUUACCCAAAGCCUGAUUUCAUUUGACUCGGACACGGACAGCUCAAAAGAUAUGAAGCUGAAAUCUGAUAAGCCCAGUGCCACAACAUCAACUCAUACUACAACCACCAUUGAGAAAAGCUUUCUGGAUUCUGAGCCAGUUCAUUCUGACACUUUCUCCUGGACUUCUAUUGAGAACAGCCCCAAGACAGAAAAAAAGACAAAAACCACCAUCAGAACAACAGAAACAAUCCGUAAUAAUGACUCACCCAACUUCAAAGUGGAAAGCUUUCAAGAGUCACAGCCAGCUCAUUCGGAGACCUAUUCAUGGACAUCGAUAGAGAACAGCCCAAAAACAGAAACAAAGACAAAAACCACCAUCAGGACGACGGAAACGGUUCACGAGACUCCUGCAAUCUUUGACUCGUCCAACAUGAAAGUAGACAGAUUUCAAGAUUCUGACCCUGCUCGUUCUGAGACAUAUUCUUGGACAUCUAUUGAGAACAGCCCCAAGACAGACAGAAAGACAAAAACCACCAUCAGAACAACAGAAACCUUCUAUGAGACUCCAGGAAUAAGUGACAUGCCUGAAAUCAAAAUGGAGAGAACUCACGGAUUAAAUAUGAACCCUUCUAGAUACACUGAAAAGACAGAGGACUUCAGUAGCAACACAAGCCCAAGCAUGGACAGAAGAACCUACACCACAAUCAGAACGCAAGAAACUGUGAACGAAACACCAGCUGAUGUUUUCUCAUCCAGAAGUGUCACAGAAACGGUCCCUGCUGCUGACCCGACUGAUGAUUUUGGCUUAAUGAGUCUGGCUUCGGACUCAACGAUGACACCCACAGACAGCAAAAAGGGCAUAGUGCUGGUAAAGCAGUACGUGAACCAAACUGCCCUCUCAUCUCUGAACACAAAGCCAUUCUCAUAUGCCGGGGAGAAUAUGGACUUUACUGAUACCAUCUCCUCCAACGUGGCCACCUAUGUCUUCAGCAGCCCCAGACCUUCAAACCUUUGCACCUACUGUGGACUGGAAGUUGGAAACGAUGCCAAGCUAACAAUUGAGCACUUGAACAUCUACAGUCACCCGGGAUGCUUUAAGUGUGAAGUUUGUGGAAAGCUUAUGGGAGAUCUUCUGGAAAGCAUGUUCAUUCACAAGGGAAUGGUCCACUGUGACGUCUGCUACGACAGGGUCUUUUAGGUUUGAAGAGCAGUCAUCACACGCUAAAAAUCUUGUUUCUCCAUUCUUUUUUCUUGAACUAUUGUAUGUGAAAAUUGAACAACUUCAUAAUAAACCAAAAACAUGCCACUAUAAAAAGUACUAGAACAAUCAAGAAAUGCCAGUUGCUUUAGUUAGAUUCUGGCAGACAUAAUGGGCAGAACUGUAACAUCAGCAAAUGUCACUGUCAGUGGGCAAAAAAGAAAACACCAAAGGGGGUCAGGAACUUUGAAUCCAUUAUUGUUUAGAGUAUCAGAUUAAUUCAAGA